GCAAGUCGCGCGGCCUCCGCACUCCGCACUCAUCAGUCUUAGUUGACGACCGCAUUGGGACGCACUCUAACAUUUGACGACGGGAUGCGCGUACACGUUUAUACGUUCGCUUUACUCAUCUGCUGCGGUAUUAGUACCGCUCGAGAUGGUGACAACGAUGAGGAACGCAGUUUUAUCACAGCUGUAGAAGAAACGUUGGAGACGAGGUACGAGCAGUUUGUGUUCGGUGCGGCGCAGUGGCUGGAGAGCGUCAACGACCGGCGGCUGGGCUCCAGUGUGCUGGGCCGCCUGCUGCACUACAACGACAUCAAGCCCAAGCUGGAGGGCCCCGGCCCCGAACACGGUGCUGGUGUGGAGGAGGGCCGCUCGCUGAAGAAAGCAGCGGCCGCGGGCGUGAUGCCGCUGGUGUUCCACGUGGGCGCAGCUUCAACCUGGAUGCUGGUAACAUCACUGCUGGCCGCCAAGUCACUUGCCCUUGGACUCCUGCUACUCGUCUUCAAGAUCGCCGUCAGCUCUGCCAAGGUGGCGUCGUUCUUCACGGCCAUGAAGGGCAAGCAAUCGGAGCACCACCACGACUGGUCCUGGUCCCCGCAUCACCACCACGGAUACGAGAGGAGUCUGUCCGCCGCCGCCGGCGCCGACGUAGCAGUGAGCCACAGCGGCUGGAGCUCGCACGCACUGGACUGGACCCCCGACACCGAGUACCGCACCUUGCCGCACGAGGGACACGAGGGACACGGCGGCGAGCCACUCAACGCUGACACAUCGCUACUUCAUACUUGA